AUGUCCCGCGAACUCGACAACGCCGCACCGACCAUCUUCGCGACGUCCUCCGCGCGCCGGCGCGAAGGCCUCUGGGGGGACGCGUACGCCGCCGAGGCUGGCGCCGUUGAGGCGGCCUCGAGCGACGAGGAGCUCGAGGAGAUUGACGCGCACGAGGUGUUUGACCUCCUCCGCUCGAUCACCGACCCCGAGCACCCCGUCUCGCUCGAGCAGCUGCGCGUCGUGUCCCGCGACGAUAUCCACGUCGGCGGUAACCGCGUGCUCGUGUACCUCACCCCCACGAUCCCGCACUGCUCCAUGUCGACCUUGAUCGGCCUCUCCCUCCGCGUCCGCCUCCUCCGCGCCCUCCCCUCGCGCUACCGCGUCGACAUCCGCAUCAAGGAAGGCACCCACCAGUCCGAGCACGCCGUCAACAAGCAGCUCAACGACAAGGAGCGUGUCCAGGCCGCACUCGAGAACUCGCACUUGCUCCAAGUCGUCGAGGGGUGUUUGGCCACUGCUGGCCAGCGCGGCUUGGCGACGGCCGCUGCCGAGACCGAGUAG